AUGGCCGACGACCGUUGCCAAAACCGGGGAGAGGGCCACGACCGUCUCUUAGAUCCGGGCGUGGGGCUACAUGACACUUGGCCUCUUGGGAGUGAUCAAGAGGACGUACAUAGAGUGUUCUUGCGUCAUAGGAUUUCAGGAGAAGGCUAUGGCCCGAUGCCAUCCCCCUCUUUGAAAAUCGAAUUGAAGGUCAAGGUCGUCGCCACAAAAACCAUCAGACCGCCGUCUCCCACACCAGACCACCUGAAGAAUUUGAAGCUCUCCGUCUCCGAUCAGCUCCCUCCCAUCCUCUACACUUCGAACACGAGCGCUUCGUCUCCCCACCGGUCGCGUCGUCUCAAGGCGUCGCUGUCCGGAGUGCUCGCUCGAUUCUACCCUCUCGCUGGGAGGAUUAGGGACAACCUCUACAUGGAUGGCGAUGGCAGGGGCGGCGGCACCGAGUUCGUCCAAGCCGAAGUCAACUGCCCUCUCUCCCACGUCCUCGAGCACCCCCGCCAAGACUUGCUUCACAAGCUCCUUCCCAUCGACACCGAGUCCCCAGAGGUCUCCACCGGACGCCUCUUGCUCGUCCAGGCCAAUACCUUUGGCUGCGGCCACCUCGCCAUCGGGGUCUGCUCAUCCGAAGGGUUUUGA